AUGCUAUCAGUGGCUGGGACGAAAAGCAAAGCGAAAGAUUCACACGUUCACACCAGGGAGCUGCCCGCCUUACCCAGUCAUGCCUUUUCUCUAUUUGGCCACUGUGCAGCUCCAGUGGAGCAGCUGGGGGGUUGUUCCUGGUUCAAGGACACUAGCGGUAGCCAAGGUCAGUUCCCCAUAACUCAGAAUGUGACGGUGGUGGAGGGGGGCACAGCCAACAUGACCUGCCGCGUGGAUUACAAUGAUAACACUUCCCUCCAGUGGUCAAACCCUGCACAACAGACCCUAUUCUUUGGGAACAAGAAAGCUCUGAGGGACCACAGAAUCGAGCUGGUGCUCGCCUCGUCACAGGAGCUCGUCAUCAAAAUCAGUGACGUCAGCCUGUCAGACGAGGGCCAGUACACCUGUUCGCUCUUCACCAUGCCUGUCAAGACCACCAAGGCCUUUCUCACUGUUCUGGGAGUGCCAGGACGACCAGAGAUCACAGGAUUCACCAAGCCUGCCAUGGAGGGGGACGUAAUCGCCCUGACAUGCACUACUCCAGGCAGCAAACCGGCUGCCAAUAUCCGGUGGUUCCGAAAUGACCAGGAGGUCCAAGGCACUAAGGAGGCGAAUGCAACCGGAAAAUCCUUUGCAGUGAGGAGUAGCCUCCAGUUCCAGGUGGACAGACGGGACGAUGGCGUCGCCUACACCUGCAGCGUGGAGCAUGUGUCUUUGCCGAAUCCCUACAUGACAACUGAGGUCCUGGAGGUCCACUAUGCUCCCCAUCUGGAGAUCACACAUUCACUGAUUAUUCCACAGGAAGGACACUACUUCAAAUUGGAGUGUGUGUCCAUAGGCAACCCAAUACCUGAACCGGUGCUGUGGUCUAAAGAUGGAGGAGAGCUGCCAGACAUCGAGCGUAUGAUUGUGGAGGGCAGGGAACUAACCAUCACCACACUUAAUAAAACAGACAAUGGCACAUACCGCUGCGAGGCCAGCAACCACCUGGGGACCAGCAGUGCUGAAUACAUACUGUUUGUAUAUGCUAAAGACUUUCCAGGGCCUACAACAGAUCCUAAUGCUUUAGAUCAACAUGGACCUGACCACGCCUUAAUUGGGGGUGUUGUUGCAGUUGUCGUCUUCAUCACCUUGUGUCUGAUAAUAGUUCUUGGACGAUAUCUGGCCAGACAUAAAGGGACGUAUCUAACACACGAGGCCAAGGGAGCAGAGGAUGCCCCAGAUGCAGAUACAGCGAUCAUCAAUGCUGAGGGAAACCAUGUGCAUGCAGAGGAAAAGAAAGAAUACUUCAUUUAG